CGCGGUGCCGAAAAGCUCAGUGAGUGUUGUGUUGAUACCCGAGUGUCUCUUUGUGGCCAUAGCAACCGCAACAUCAGCUGCGAAGAUGGUUGAUAAAUUUGUGGGAACGUGGAAGAUGAUCAACAGCGAGAACUUCGACGAGUACAUGAAGGCUCUGGGUGUGGGUUUCGCCACCCGCCAGGUAGGAAACAGGACCAAGCCCAACCUUGUAGUGAGUGUGGACGACCAAGGGCUCGUAUGCAUGAAGUCCCAGAGCACCUUUAAGACCACCGAGAUUAAGUUCAAACUGAACGAGUCGUUCGAGGAGACCACGGCUGACGACAGGAAGACGACGACCGUGAUGAGCCUUGACAAUGGCAAACUGCUGCAGAAACAGACCUGGGACGGCAAAGAGACUACAAUAGAGAGGGAAGUGACUGAUGGGAAAUUAAUAGCGAAAUGCAAGAUGGGCGAUGUGGUGGCAGUGAGGACGUAUGUGAAAGAGGCAUAAAGAUAUCCUGAUGUGAUUUGAAGAACGCCUGGCUCAGUUCAAUGAGCAAUAAGACAAAAAAAAGUCCUUUUAUUUUUCUUGUUUUUUCUUGUUUUUUUUUUUUUUUUUCAUUGAUACCAAAGCCAAUGCAUGCGGUGUAUUUUAAGGUGCAUUCAGCAUUAUUCAUUGUGGUUCUUUGAAUAAAGUUCUGAUUUCAUUUGCCUUCAA